AUGGGAAAUUUAAGAAAAAAGAAAACCUCAAGUUCUUCCGAAGACUCCUCAAGCUCAUCCGAUGAGUUUGAGUUGUUAAAACUCAAAAAUAAAUUGCUCAAACGAAAAUUGAACAAACAACGCCAUGGUCAUGGCGGUAAAAAACGUCGACAUGUGUCGUCGUCAGAAGAUGGAAGGUCCUCGGAAGAGGACGCUUAUAAUGAAUCCGAGAAGGAAAAAGAACAAAACUCAGAACAAACUGAUCCCUUGGGAAUUGAAUUUGUAGAAGUUCCUUCUCUCAGUGGGGAAAUACUUGAAGUAUUAGGGCCCAAGCAGGCAACUGUCAGUAAUGUGUCUGAAGACAUUCAUAAAGAUUUAGUGAUCAGGUGGGAACAAAUAAUAAAAAAGGGACUUAAUAUUGAUGAUAGAGAGGAAUUACUAAAAAAGUACCCACAUCCCCAAAAUUUCGUAAGCCUCUGCUCCCCAAAAGUUAAUCCAGAAAUAAAUGAGGCUAUAGAUGCCGCAACAAAGAAAAGAGAUGAAAAAUUACAGUCGAACCAAAAAAUAAUGGUAGCAGCAAUAUCAGCACUAGGUAAAGCUCUUACCUUUCUAAUCGAUGAAAAUAAAGAAAAUACGCCAUUAUCCUUAAUUGAACCUAUUAAUGAUGCAAGUAAGUUAGUAGCUGAACUCUUUAAGGAUCAGACGUUAGUUAGACAGAGCCUAAUCAGUAAAAUAUGUGGCGGGAAUUGA